AUGGACUUGGAUACCCAGAAAUAUCGGUUGCCCGACCACAUAAACGGCAAUGGUACCAAGGUCACUUUGGAUACUCGACGCGAACACCUCGAGCGAAUUACGCGUCCGCCAUCUCCCAAGGAGUAUCCGCCUCUACCCUCCUCGCCUCCUGCUGCUCCUCCUUCUCACUCGCCUUCACAUUCCCUUUCCUAUUCUCCCUCAUAUUCCCCCUCUUAUUUUCAACAGGGUCACAAUCGACCUGGAUCAAUAUAUACACUUUCCCGGGUGUCGUUUACCAACCAGCUUGCUCAACUGACUCUGCUUGGCAUUCCCGAUGCCGAGGCACUUUCCAGCAAGGUGUCGGCUAUACCAACAGCCCCAGUGGCUUCCAAGGCGUUGAUCAAUGCUGCUGAGCAGAUCCGGAGCUGGAUAUCAAAGGCCCUUGAGGUUGUAAGCGGGCUGGACAGUGAGGAUGAUGUCGAGUGGGCCGCUGCUGGUGGCCGUGAAGGUCUGGAAGAGGUUGAGAACGCCAUUAAUCGAUUCGAGCAUCUCAUCAACGCCUAUGUCAAUGCCAUUGAUGAGCUACAAAACCGACAUGACAUCGCGACUGUCUCGACAGAUGACCUCAGAAGGGCCGUUACUCAGAUGGAGGCCAUAGCUGAGGAAUGGGGCCGAAUCAAGCAAACCCUGCAAAGUGUGCGGAACCAGGUCGAACUUGCCAUGGAGUGGGAGGAGCUGUGGAACAGCGUUCUGGGCGACAUACAGAGCGAGAUGGAAGAACUUACGCGGCUUGUCUUCGAGAUGGAAGAGCGUCGUCACAAGAGCCUUGCCGUCGUUGCGAGCGGCGAUAACGUCGAUAUUGGAGAUCUCGAGACCAUUGUUGAAGACAACCCCAUUUCGGCCGCGCGGUUGGCGCCCUCGAACCGCUUUAGCCUCGCCCUGCCGCUAAGCCCUAACUCGCCAGGAACCUCGACGCUGUCUCAGGAUGACUCCAGUUUGCUUGCUCUCUUCGCCAGGAUGCAGCCCUUGAGGGCUUCCCUAGACUUUUUGCCCAUGCGACUAUCUGUCUUUGAGACGCGGGCGAAACAUGCAUUCCCAACCGCAUGUGAAGAGCUGGAAAUGCGCCACAAUGGCCUAGAUGGAAGCUACAAGAAGCUAGAGAAGGAUGCCGAGUCAUUGCGUAAGGAGCUUGGAGAGGAUAGAUGGGUCAUUGUCUUCCGAGGCGCUGGACGGCAGGCUCAAAAGAUGCACGAAUCCGUCGAGCGGUCUCUGAUGAAGCUGAGGGAGGCGAUCGAUUCUGGUAUGCAUUUGACGAACCAGCCUUCCAUUGCUAAGAAGAUUGAGAGCUAUGAGGCAAAGAAAACACACUAUGGUCCCGCCAUCGAACGUGUCCUGGCCAUCAUUGACAAGGGCGUCAAGGAUCGCUUGACCGUCAAUGGCGAGAUCUUGCGUCUCCACAAUGAAAUGCAAACGCGAUGGUCGACUCUGAAGCUCGACGUUGCAGAGAUGGAUUCUGUCCUUGAGGACAUAUACGCGGAAAGAAAGAGCCAGCAGCUGCGAGAUUCCAUCUCCAGCAUGCUCUCCAACGACAGGUCGACCAACGGCAGCGGCAUGGAGACUCCGGGAAGCUCUCCGCCUUCCUCGGUGAUUAUGAACUCACUCGGUCUUGAUCCGCAGACGCCUGCGCGGAAAUAUACCGGUAACCAACUUCGAUCGCCCAAUGCGAGCGGCUCCAGCCUCCGGUCGACCUCAACCAGCCGAAGGGACUCGUCGCUACCGGCCCCUGUCUCAAAAAGCGCCAAGAAGCCUGGGUCCAGGUACUCUACAAUGGGCUCCUCCUCUUCUUAUUACCCGCCUUCUGCCUCCUCCUCAAGCCUUCGACCUUCGACCACUAUGGCGCACCGACCCCGAUGGAACGCCUCUUCCAACAACCUAGAUGGCGAAGCUCGCAGCCCAUACAGAACGCCUGCACCCCAAAGGUCGACGUCGGCCAUCACGCCUAUAUCGACAUCCAAGCUUCCCACCCCUCGGAGUUCUCUCACACGCGCUGGCUCAGAUUCACCCAUGUCAGAAUCAUUCCCCAGAUCGUAUUCUAGGGCGGGCUCUCGGCUGUCGUUCCGUGAACGCCUCACCUCUCCUGGACCUUAUUCUCAAAGCAGCCUAGCAAAACAACAGCCUCCUCGUCGCUCUAACGCGGGGCCAUCUUCUUCGACCUUGAACCUGGAUAGUCUAAACAAUCGUCCCAGCAGCUCUAUGGCUUCGACUCGCCGAAGCAGUUUGCUGCCAAUGCCGAGGGGUAGGCCAGACUCAGUCCGGGGAUCGAGCCCUCUUCCCAUCUUCAGCCGGUUCAGCUCUCGCAAAUACAGCGACAACUCACCCGAGCCAAAGGAUCUCAAGCCCAGGUGGCGAUUUUGA